AUGAACGCCCUGUUGUUGUUCUGCUUCUUUGUCACAUGCUCUGCUGUAGACUACCGCUCAGGAUGCAGAAGUGCUUCCAACAAUGCCAAGUUCUUCAACAACGAAGACUGUGUCCACCACAUAGAUAUGGCGAUGCAGAUGGAUCAUGGCUUCAGCCUGAGGAUUGAUGAGGCAAAUUUUGUCGUGUGGAACGAGCUUCUUCGUUUGACAGACAAGCAUGGCUAUGAGUUCAGCAAGUCCUUGAAGACCACUGAUGCUCUCAAGCGGGUUGCAAGGAACGUGCAGUCUACCAUGCGAGAGUGGGCCAAGACUGGUGCUGAAGGAGGGGCCCAGUUAGGAUUUGCCUUGUGCCUUGGGGCAUCCCUUUUGGACAAUCCGAAGUGUGGAGCCAGCACAUGGUGCCACGUGUUUGAAGCAACGCUGGACGCGGUGGGGUGUUCAGCUCUGGGCUACGUUGAGGGUGGCCUGAGAGGCGGAAUUCUGGGAGCAAUUGUGGGUCUUGCUAAAGGUGUGAUCGAAGCGUUUGAAGAGUUCGGCCAGAUCCGGGUUAGCUUCAGGCCGGCAGGCAGCGAUCUGUGA